UCCCGCCCCGCCGCCGGCGAGGCAGGGCGGGUAGCGGCCGCGUCCCGGCCGGAGGCGGUCCGGCCCUUCCCAGUUCCCCGCCCCGGUGUUUGCCGCGGGAAGACGGCGGCCGUCCUCCUCCUCGUCCUGCGGGCGGGUCCUCGCCGCUUGGGCCCGGCUUGCGGGAAGUUCCCAGCUGGGAAGUUCGUAGCUGGCGGAGGUGCGAUGCCGCCUAAGGAUCGAGGCAGAGGCAAGCUGCCGGUUCCUCUGCCAAGAGACAUGAUCCUGAAAGACACCGAAGGAAAAGUCUGGAGGCUGGGCAGUCAGAUCGGCCAUGGAGGAUUUGGCUUGAUCUAUUUAGCUUCCCCUCAGACUCAUGUUCCUGUAGAAGAUGAUGCAGUGCAUGUAAUUAAAGUGGAAUAUCUUGAAAAUGGACCCUUAUUUUCUGAACUGAAAUUUUACCAGAGGGCUGCAAAACAAGAGCAUAUAAGAAAAUGGAUGAAUCUCAAAAAAAUAAGAUGUUUAGGAAUUCCAGUGUUUUGGGGAUCAGGCUUGGCUGAGUACAAGGGAAAAAGCUAUAGAUUCAUGGUCAUGGAGAGACUGGGGGAAGACCUUCAAAGAAUCUUUGAAGAUUGUGGAAGGAGAUUUAAGAAGGAGACUGUUCUGCAACUUGGGGCACGAAUGUUGGAUACUUUGGAAUAUAUACAUGAAAAUGAGUAUGUUCAUGGUGACAUUAAAGCAGCAAAUCUACUUUUGGGCUAUACCAAUCCACAUGAGGUUUAUCUUGCAGAUUAUGGACUUUCCUACAGAUAUUGUCCCAAUGGGAACCACAAACAGUAUCAGGAAAAUCCUAGGAAGGGCCAUAAUGGGACAAUAGAGUUUACCAGCGUAGAUGCCCACAAGGGAGUAGCCCCAUCCAGACGAGGUGACCUUGAAAUCCUUGGCUACUGCAUGCUGCAAUGGUUAUGUGGGAAGCUACCCUGGGAACAGAACCUGAAGGACCCUGUAGCUGUCCAGACUGCGAAAACAAAGCUUAUGGAUGAGCUCCCAGAUUCAGUGAUGGAAUGGGAUUCUUCUGGAAGCAGCUGUAUAACCCAGGGAAAACACCAAAUUUUCUUCAAAGGUGAAAUAUCCAAGUUUUUGGCAUGUGUUUAUGGCUUAGCUUAUGAUGAGAAGCCAAAGUAUCAAGUGCUCAAGAAAAUCCUGCUGGAUGGACUAGAGUCAAGUGGAACUCGCUACGAUGGCCCUCUGGAAUUUUCCGCUGCAGCCUGCACACGAACUCACUGUGCUGCUAAAGUGUCAAAAGUUCGCUUACCAAAGCCUAUGCCAAAGCCAGUUCAGCAGAAGCAAAAAAAGAUGGAAGGUGAAGAAUACGUCUGUCAAAACAAAGCCUGUACUGGGGUAACAGGCAAACAACUCCAAGAUGAAGAAAAGCCAACUAAGUUUAACAGGAUGCUUCACCAAACGGAGCCUCAGCAGGUUCGCUUACCAAAGCCUUCACCAAAGCCAGUGCAACAGAAGCAAAACACAGUGAAAGAGGAAGAAUAUAACUGCCUAAGCAGGCCCCAUGCUCGGGUAACACACCGGCAAUUCCAGGCUGAAGAGAAGCCAGUUAAAUUUUACGCUGCGAUUCAGGAGACUGAACACCCACAAAAGUCUGCUGAUCACUGCCUGGAGACUCUGGUACAAGCUAGGAGUGAAGCAGAAAAAGCACAGCUGUACCUGAGAGCAUCAGGCAGUAAAGUGAAAGACACUGCAAGAGAAUUACCACCAUUCGACCCCCAAGCAACAUUCUCAGAAUCCAAAAAGAAACACAAUCAACUCUUAACUACAGAUCAUCCACUAUCACUGCAAGAAACUGGUUCUGACAUCACUAGUCCUUCGAUGUCCAUUAUAUUUAGGCUUGCAUUUACUGACGAAACAUACCACUACAGUAUAGCUAUACUUGUACUUCUGCUACUAAUAUUACUUUCCUUGUAUUUUCUUUGAUGUCACUGUUUCAGUGUCUUCAGUGUAAGUGCAGCGGUGUGCCCAUCACCCAGUUUUUCCCUCAAAGUUUCUUCACUGAAGAUUUCAGCGUCAGUGGCUUGAAAAAGAUUUUUUUAAAUAAUACUGUCAGUACAUCUAUUUUACAGACAAGUUCUCUUAAAAUUUCCAAAUCUGUACUCAAUAGUUACGUAUGCACUAAGCUAUUUGUACAAGGCUGUUUCGUGUUAUAAAUGUUAAAAUGUUGGGAUGCUUUUUUUUUUUUUUUUUUUGAAACUGGACCUUUACUACAGCAACAUUAAAAAAGUAUCAUGGAGUAGAAUGGGGCGUGACAUUAAUUACUCUCACUAGUAUGUUGAUAACUGGUGUGUAGCUGUCUUUAUACUGUUUCAGAAAACCUUUAAUUAAAUGCUGAUGCAUUAAAUGCAUGGGAA